GAUAAAGUUUAAUCUAAUAUCAGUUUUUAUGACGAUAAUUAUUACAAAAUGACCAAUAGUUUGCUUAAAAUCAUAUCUCAAUUAGUAUUCAGUGCUUCAUGUUCCGUAGAAUAUAAGCAGUUUACAUGCAUUCCACUUUAAAUCAAAAAGCAAACAGUUACAUUGUGGAAUUUUACACAAUAAAAGUGAACAAAACACCAGUGAAAAAAGCUGAAGCUAGUCAUAAUUUGUCUCAGUGAAUUAUAAAUAUGCUAUAAAAAUACCUAAAUAUUAUGUACGACUACGACGAAUUGGAAGAUAGAAAAAUGAAGGGUCUUAGAGAUUGGCGCAAAGCGUUAAGAACACCAGCCACGUACAGAGUGGGCAACGCGGUUAGAAUCCAACCACAGUUUGUUCUAUUGAUAAUACUUGUUGGUGUCUUCAUGUUAAUACUUUUCUAUUAUAAUUGGUGGACAAGCAGCCAUGUACCGACUGUCCAUAAAUGGAUAAACACUAUUAGACCUUACAAUGCAACAUAUCCACUCUCAAAACCUAUUGGGUCAGGUGAUUUAGUUUCAUAUAGAAUAGGCAUAGUUACAGAUUUAGAUACUAAUUCAAAGAGUUUGGUGAAACCUCACACAUACAAUAGUUACCUAAAGAAAGGUUUCAUAAGCUAUCACAAAGUGAAGAACUAUGUUGCCGUGUCUUGGGACCCAGUGUCACCCAUACAACUAUCCUCAACUUAUUCACACAAAGGUAGAGGCAUGGAACUUUCAGAACUCAUUGUUUAUGAUGGCAAACUACUUUCAUUUGAUGACAGAUCCGGAAUGGUGUUUGAAAUACUAAACAACAAAGUUGUACCAUGGGUGAUCCUAACAGAUGGAAACGGAUAUGCAGAAAAAGGCUUUAAGUCUGAGUGGGCCACUAUAAAAGAUGAGAUUCUGUAUGUCGGUUCAAUGGGUAAGGAAUGGACUACAGCAAGUGGAGAGUUUUCCAGCUAUGACCCUAUGUGGGUGAAAGCUAUAAAUAUUCAUGGAGAGGUCCAACACUUAAACUGGGCAUACCAAUACAAAGCCAUAAGAAGUUCCAUAGGAAUAAAGUGGCCAGGUUAUAUGAUACAUGAAUCUGGAGUAUGGUCACCCAUCAAACAGAAAUGGCAUUUCCUACCAAGGAGAUGCAGCCAUGAGACAUACAAUGAAACCAUUGACGAACUCAAAGGUUGUAAUUACCUAAUAACAGCAGACAAUGAAUUUAAACACGUACAAGCAGUUGAGAUCACGAAACUUCAACCGAAACAUGGUUUCUCUUCAUUCAAGUUCAUUCCUGGGUCGAAUGAUGAAGCCAUUGUAGCUCUAAAAACAACAGAGUUUGAAGGCAAAACUGCGACGUACAUAACUGCAUUUAAAACUGACGGCACAGUGCUACUGCACGAUACUCUUGUUGAAAAUCUCAAGUAUGAAGGCAUUGAGUUUAUAUGAGAUUGUCAGAUGAAGCAUAGAAAAUAUCGUAAUUUAUAUUAAAUCAAAUUGAAAGUUGUGAAAUCAC